AUGACGUUUCGAAACGAUAUUGGAACUGUCAAUGACUUGUGGUUGCUUGACGUGGUUGUGUUUUUCCAUAGGUCCUCACUCUCUGUCCCUCUUCCCUCUUCUCCCUUCCCCCUAAACACUCUCUCUUUCUUCUCCAUUAUUUCUUUAUUUAUGCUUUUAUACCUUUCUUCUACCUCCUUCACUUUCUCACUUCCAUUCUCAAUUCCUUUCCCUAAUUUUAUUUAUUAAUCCAUCCAUCCAUCCAUCCACCAUGUUGGCCAUGGAAGUGACCGCCUCCUCCGCCGUCACCACUUACACCUCCGCCUCUACCACCUCCGACAACCAUCCCCACUAUCCUCUCUUGCUCCCCGCACCACCAUCUCCUCCCACACCUGCGCUCAGCAGGUACGAGUCACAGAAGCGGCGAGACUGGAACACGUUCGGGCAGUACCUAAAGAACCACCGCCCACCACUCACGCUAUCCCGUUGCAGCGGGGCUCAUAUUCUCGAGUUCCUCCGCUACCUGGACCAGUUCGGUAAGACGAAGGUCCACACCUCCAGCUGUCCCUUUUUCGGUCACCCACAACCCCCUGCUCCCUGCCCUUGUCCUCUCCGUCAGGCCUGGGGCAGCCUCGACGCCCUCAUCGGCCGCCUCCGCGCAGCCUUUGAGGAGAACGGCGGCCAACCUGAUACCAACCCGUUCGGUACACGAGCCGUGAGGCUGUAUUUAAGGGAAGUGAGAGAGUCGCAGGCGAAAGCUAGAGGAAUUGCUUACGAGAAGAAGAAGAGGAAGAAAUCCGGGAUGGCUCCGCUAAAGAUCAACCACCAUCAACCCAUGCCUUCCUAAUUUUCAUCCUAAUAAGCUUAUGUUUUAUUAAUCUAUUAAUCUAUUAAUCUUAAUCUCCCUUUGAUUAAUUGUAUCAACCCCUUUGUUUAUAUGUUUAUUAUUAUUAAUCAGACAAAUUUCAACUUCAA